UCUUGUGUUUUUCCUGAAGGCAGCAGGGCAGAGAAUGCAGAGGAGCGGCUGGUGAACUACCUGUUGGGACCCGAGCGCUACAAUAAACUGAUCAGACCAGCGGUCAAUAAGAGCCAGCAGGUCACCAUCUCCAUACAGGUGUCUCUGUCGCAGCUUAUCAGUGUAAAUGAGAGGGAGCAGAUCAUGACGACCAACUUGUGGCUGUGUCAGGAAUGGAAUGACUACAGGCUGAGAUGGGACCCAGAAAAAUAUGAAGGCAUCAAGAAACUACGAAUACCAUCCAAACUCAUCUGGCUUCCUGAUAUAGUGCUCUACAACAAUGCCGAUGGUGUCUACGAGGUGUCCUUCUAUUGCAACGUGGUAGUCUCCAACACAGGGGACAUUUUUUGGCUCCCGCCGGCAAUCUACAAGUCGGCCUGUGCCAUCGAGGUGCAGAACUUUCCCUUCGACCAGCAGAACUGCACUCUAAAAUUCCGCUCCUGGACCUAUGACCACACCGAGGUGGACCUAAUCCUCACCAGUGACUUUGCCAGUCGCGACGACUUCACGCCCAGCGGAGAGUGGGACAUCGUGUCGCUGCCGGCACGCAAAAAUGAGGACCCCAACGACAUCACCUACCUGGACAUCACCUACGACUUUGUCAUCCAGAGGAAGCCACUGUUUUAUACCAUCAAUCUGAUCAUCCCGUGUGUGCUGAUCACGUCGCUGGCCAUCCUGGUUUUCUACUUGCCGUCAGAUUGUGGCGAGAAGAUGACGCUGUGUAUCUCAGUGCUGCUGGCCCUCACUGUGUUCCUGCUGCUGAUAUCCAAGAUAGUGCCACCAACCUCUCUAGCAGUGCCACUGAUAGGUAAAUACUUGAUGUUCACCAUGGUGCUGGUCACUUUCUCUACCGUUAGCACCGUCUGCGUCCUCAACGUGCACCACCGCUCCCCCUCCACCCACCACAUGCCCGAGUGGGUCAAACGCCUCUUCUUAAUCCAACUGCCCACCUUCCUCUUCAUGAGGCGCCCAGGCUCUUCCAACAUCCGGAACAAACUCCGUCAGAAGUACGCCAACCGAAGUACCGCCAGGAAAAGCUGUUCUCAGAGCUUCACGGAGAAGAAGCAGUACUCCAACAUCAGGCUUGGCGGGAUCCCAACAGACAGUGACUCUAUCUACGUGAAUGAGGAAAUGGCCCACAGGUUUUGCUGGGGGGUGGGCGACAUCCCAGAUGGUGGUGGAGGUUUUUCAGACUUGCAGAGGCCUUUGGCUGGUCAGUGGGAUGCAGAUCUGGAGGAAGCAGUGGAUGGAGUGAGAUACAUCUCUGAACAUAUGAAGACAGAGGACGAUGAUGAAGGGAUCAUUGAGGACUGGAAGUACGUGGCCAUGGUGAUAGACCGUCUGUUCCUGUGGAUCUUCAUCUUGGUGUGUGUGGUGGGAACACUUGGACUCUUCAUGCAGCCGCUGUUCCAGAGCUAUAACACUCCCACUGCUGAUGACACCGAGUUUGGCGAUUUCUAGGAUUUCUAUGGGACUGAAAAGGAAACCGCUGAAGCUUCGUGCCUCAUUUCCACCAUCCAUCUCCAGAGCCGUGUUGUUCCCGUUAAUGCGUUGUCUUACAUAAAAAAGUGCAUUCUUUUCUUUUUUCUUCCACUUGCUUGCACUCUCUUAUUUAAAAAUGAUUUUCGCUGUUUUUGUGCCAUAUCAAAUCACAAGGCCUGUUGGAAAAACACAGAGACUGCUUGAAGAAAAUGUGAUGAAAUGAAAAUGAA